AUGGAGCGAGGCACAAAGAGAGUUAUUGACUCCUGUAAUGGAUUUCUGUGCAUCUCUGUUAACCAUAAGCUGUAUAUAUGGAAUCCAUCAAACAGAAAAAUCAAGGGACUUCCACCACCUCUUCUACAAGUUCCGCAAGGUCUUUAUCCUCCGUAUCCUAUCGGUCUCGGGUUUGGAUUUCUUCAUAAGAAAAACGACUAUAAAGUUGUGAGGAUUCUUGUUCAGGCGGAAAGAAAUAAAAGAAUGUACAAAAUCGAGGUCUACUCCCUUAGAUUGAAUUCAUGGAGAGAACUUACUGCAGCUCUUCCCUUGUGGUUCUAUAUUCGCUCAAACUCAGAUUCGAUACAUGUGAAUGGAGUUGUGUACUGGAUUGUAUCACGUUGCGCACCUGCUAAAUCUUUCAUACUUUCUUUUGACAUGGACAAUGAGGUUUUCCAAAGGAUACAACUUCCUGAUUCUAUCAGUAAAACACGAGAACUCCAAGCGACUGACCCUGUUAGUAUCCGCUUGUUUGAGAAAUCCCUUUCUUUGAUACACCUAAGACAAGGCCAUCAGCUUGUAGGGAAUGUUGCUUGUUGUGACAUCUGGGUUAUGGGAGUGGAUACAUGGAAGAUGCUUAGCACUAUUCUUCUACCGCAGGUGAUACUUCACUCAUCAGUAACACAAGAACGUAUGGCAUGGCCAUUGAGCCGUACAGAGGAUAGACUUUAUAUUGCAUGGACGGAUGAGAAGACUCAUAACAGAUAUGAGUUGAAUACUACUGUACUUCUAUAUGACCGUAUCUCGCAAGAAGCUUAG